AUGGCGGUGAACAGCCCUGGUGGAUAUCCCCCCGUCUCCCCCAAGCCCCACACCCCAAAGAGCCCUCGCCACUUCGUCUUCCCGCAGAAAAGUCCAUCCAUCACUUCCAGCACCUCGUCUUCUGGUUAUUACACUCCGCAAUCCGGCUGCAGUUAUGACAAGCACGCCCCUCCCCAAAUCUCCAAUCGCGCAUGGACACCGGAGUCCAAUCAGUCCAAGGCACUUCAACUUCCCCAAAAAUCACCGUCAGGAAGAGCCAGUCCUUGCAACUUUGAUCGAGCUCAUGGCCUGCAGUACACGACGUCACUCAAACACCACCGCAGAGAGAAGUCCCGCUCGCCGAAUCCACCACCAGUGCACAUCCACACCAACCCUGGUUACGUGUCUCCAAACCGGACGAGGAAACUAUACGGGUCUACUUCCACAGUGAGCUCGCCGCGGCUGGUGACGUCGCCGAGCAUCGUGUCAAGCCAUACUGACGACUCGAUUGACGCGAUGCCUGGAACUCCUUCUGCGAUUGUGCAUGACGCGGAUGAUGAGGCGACAACUACGUCUUCAAGGAUCUGUAGGAAGUCUACGUCUGAUUUGACGGAUUUGACUGAUGAUACGCCGCAGACUCGGUCGACGAGCAUCAGUCGGCCCUGCUCUCCGAUGCGGCGGGGGUCUAUGAAAGGUGGACUGGCGUACUUGGCGAGUAGGCGAGGAUCUCGCGAGUCGACUGUCUCGAACUGCGACUCUGUGGAGGACAUUGGCCCGCUAAACUUCCAAAAUACAAUGCGCGGCAGACAACGUAGGACUUCGAACUUUCUGGAAUUGCCAGUGGUGGAGCACUCCCGCCCUCGCGUUUGCUCCCUCCCCGAGAAGCCGUACAACCCUCGCGUCUCUGAUGACCUGUACCGGCUGAGGACGUUCAGCAUCACCACCAAGGGCGGCGUGGUGAACUGCGGCGACUCCAUCUGUAACAGGCGAAGUCGGUCGAACACCUCCGUUAAUUCAACAAACAGCAGGGCGUCCGACAGAUCUCCGUUCGACGGGUCGUGCUGCUCCGGCUACCGGCCCGUGGACUCCGCCAGCCUCACCACGCCCGACGACGACGAGCUCGAUCCGAUACCAAAAUACCGCGUCGUGUUGCUCGGAGACGCUGGUGUGGGGAAGACCGCGUUGGUCUCCCAGUUCAUGACGUCAGAGUACAUGAACACAUACGACGCGAGCCUCGACGACGAGUUUGGGGAGAAGUCUGUGUCAGUCCUGUUGGAUGGAGAGGAAUCGGAGCUGAUAUUCAUCGAUCAUCCUAGCACUGAAAUGUCUAUCGAGAACUGCCUCUCCACAUACGAGCCUCACGCUUGCGUGGUCGUGUACUCCGUGGUGGCGAAGAGCUCGUUCCUCAGGGCCGCGGAGCUGCUGUCGUAUCUGGCCAGGGAGCAGUUCACAGUCGAGAGGACAGUGGUGUUGGUGGGGAAUAAAGCUGACUUGGCGAGGGCAAGACAAGUGUCUACUAAUGAGGGCAAGGCGCUCGCCACGACAAGGGACUGUAAGUUCAUCGAGACAUCAUCAGGCAUACAGCACAACGUGGACGAGCUGCUCGUGGGUAUUCUGAAGCAAAUCCGACUGAAGGAGACCAGGGAUAAGAAGCAGGCCAAGAAGCAAGGGAAGCAGGAAUCGAAGCCGUCUAAACUGGCCAGUUCGCGGACACACAUCUCGCUGAGCAUCGCACGCGAGCUUCUUCAGAAGAUUUGCAUCAACGACAUCUCCAAGUCGAAGUCUUGUGAAAACUUACAUGUCCUGUAAUCUAUGGUUUGUAGAUAAACUAUUUCGUCAUUGUCCAAUCAGCUAUUUUAAACCAAUCAGCCUUUCUCCCUUUCUAGGGAUGUAAUAUCGCCAGCUAUGUUAGGUCGCAUUUAAUAACUGCGGAGCUAUGGACAUAAUUUUAGACUCCGAAUCAAUAUUGAAGAUCGAACUCAAAAACUUAGUAUGGCAAUAGCGCCUUGUACGCAAACUUCGCCAUCAAGGCACUCUUGCACAUAAAUAGAUUCGUUAAAGAAACAAGCUAUGAAUUAACGUAAAUACACUCUAUUUUGGCCAUUCGAAACUCAGCUAACUUCGUUAAAGUAUAUCCUUGAGAUGCUCUUAGUUUAGUUUGAAAGUUGCUGAAAUUAUGAGAAUUCUGAAGUUUGUUUUGGACACUAAAUCUGUCAGUAGUGCUGAAUGAAUAAAAUAUGAAUGUUUUAAGUUUAAGGCUAACGUAAGGGUUGAUCUGACUUAUUUUCUUUUUAAUCGAUGCAUUUUUUUUAUCUGACAAGCUAAAAUUUUGCCGUGGACUUUUAAAUCGGUUGUUAUAAUUUUUUAAUUCAAACACACGGAUGUAAAUUUUUUUUUAUAUGCAAUGCGCUAUUAUCGUUUUUGGCACUUCGUAACAAAUCGAUUUUAAUAUUUAAAGAAUUUUCUAUCUUGAAAUUAUUCCUACUCAAGGUUUCUUUUUGCAUUUUUAUUCCAUUCGUUAUUGUUAUUUUAAUUGUCACCUCGAGUAAAGAAGUUGUGUGUCUUCUGCUUUUUAAACAUGACAUCGGCAAAAUUAUUAUAAAAACAAUGCAGCUAAUCACAACAAAUUGGAUUUUAUUAUUGAGAUACUUGACUUUAAAAUAGCUGAUUUUACAAUUUGUAAUAACAAUCGUUUUUAUUAUCUUCUCCAGUAGAAGAUAGUCUAUUUAAAAGUUACAUUAGGGCAAUGCUCCGUUGUACCUUGUUCAAAUUUAAUCUAGCUUUAUAUUCAUGCAAGAAUUUCUAGACAAAUGUGUGGCCUUUUAGAAAAAAGAAUCAACAAAUGUUUUCAGAAAAUGGCGAGAUAAAGAGUUUUAUGGAUGUCGUUCCAUUUUAUGCGUUAUAAUAUGAGAAUAGCGUAUCGUUUUUAAUCUGUGCACAUUGUGUCUCAAUAAAAAAGACAUGCUUUCAAUGUAUUUUGAAUAGAAAAUCUUCAAAAAAUACAUGAAUAUAAUACAUGUAUUUAAUAGGAUACAUAUUAAAAUUUUGCAUUUACUAUGUUGAUUAUUUUUAUAAAAUUGGAUGAAGUGUUGAGGCAAAGGAAUAAUAUGCGUUAAUAAAUCUCAAAAUUGUCUAUAUCAUCAAUGUAUCGAAAAAUAAAUUGAAAAUGGUUGUUCUUAUUUUCUCGGUUAACGGGGCUGCCCUUUCAGAUUUACGGUUACUCAUUCAUUCCUUUAACAAAAUGGCGUCAUUAUUUCACCACCUACAUUUUCGAUCUUAUUUGUUAGUUCGUAAGAUUUUGUAUGGACAAAAUUCUUUUAUUUCUGGUUGUGGUAUAUUCUUCCUCUAUAAAUUACUAUCUAUUUACGUAGAACCUUCUUUGGUGUUAGCAAUGACAUUAUAUAUUCUUUUAUUUAGGUGAAAAUAACAUAAACCUUUUUAAAAGUUUUUAUGAAUCUUCCUUUAAGAAAUUGCAGGAGAUUCUCAAGAUUUCCAUAUUUGUUUUUAAGUUGUGUUAAUACUUGAAUGUAAGAUUAUGAAAUUCCAUUUUUUUUUCUUGUCUUCUUUAUAAAAUAUUAUAAGAAAAAUGUCAUUGCGAUUUUUAGAAGGUUAGAUAUCUUUUAGGCUAAUGUACUACUGAAAUAUGUUAAUAAUAUUAUGAUUAACCUUUUCUGAAAAUUGACGUUAAUACUGAAAUAUUUAAAAGGAUUUUUUUUUAUACUUUCGGCUCUGGUGAUUUGACUUCGAACCAUAUUUAUAAUUUAGUUUUUUCGAUAUGCCAAUUCUGAAAAUUAUUUAUCCUUAAUUGGCUUCAUUUUACGUGAUUAAAUAUUGAUUAAAGUUUUUUUCCAUUAGAGUAAUAUCGUGUAACGUGUUUGAUCAAUGGGGAUGGUAUUUUAAGGAUUUUCUAAGUAAGUACUAUGGAUGUAUAUUUAUAUAUUACUUUUAGUUAAAUCGGUUUAUAUUUAAAAAAAAAACAUUUUUAAGGUAUUAUUAUUGCAUUUUUUCCGCCACAAUGUAUAUUGGACCUAAUUAUACUUUCUAUUAAAGUUAUUUUUGAGAAAUCGCUUAAAAUACGAUUCCCAAUAAAAUAAGCCCACGGAUAAUCUUUAGAAAAGUAAAUGUCAGUAUUAGUAGGUACGUGUUUACAUGUGGAAGGAAAUAAUUCAUAUCUCUUACUUUUUCUGCAAUGUUUUUAUUACAGUUAGUAUAUGUUUGCGACACUACAGCGCAAAAUGAAACCCUAUUUCAUUAAAUAUAAAGCUAACUUCUCGUUUCGACUCAAAAUAAAAACUAAAAAUAUUCUCUGUUGACUUACUUAUUGCUCUUUUCUAGAGAACACUUCAGUUUAAGACCUGUCUAUUUGCUGGCUUAACUUUCGCAAUUCGAUGUUUAAUAAAAAUGGUUUCUGUAUAAAGAACUAAUGAAUCAAAAAUAUGCAAAUUAAGAAAAAAGGCAUAACCUUAAUUGAACUUCAUAACAAUAAUACCAGCCCUAUAUUAAACAAGGUCAUUUUGACACAUUUGAUAUCGAAAUGUCAAAAUGACCCUGUAUACUGCUCACAGCUGGGCUCGGGCCUCUUCUACGCAGAGGAUUUAGGCCUUAACCCACCACGCUGGCCUAGUUUGGACUGGUAUACAUCAAACACCCUCGAAAUUCCUAUAGAGAACUUCUUAAGUAUGUAGGUUUCCUCAGGAUGUUUUCCUUCACCGUUAAAGCAAGCGAUAAUUAACACAUCAUUUUAGAAAAGUUGGUAUCGAGUGCCCCUGGGAUUUGUUCCCGCGGACAUUCUUCUCGGCAGCCCAUUCCACAUCCAACUAAGCUAUCACCACUUUUUACAAAAUACAGGGUCAUUUUGACGUCACGUUACUAAACGAGACUACAUACUUAUCUACUUGGAAAUAAAAGUUUACAAUAAAUUACUUGGGCCGUAGAUGUGAAAUAAAAAAGUGUAAGUUGUGAACAAAAUAAAUGUUAAUAAAAAGUAAUUUUAAUUUUAUGCACCCUAAAGCCUCUACUACUACUCUAAGAGAAAUCGUGGCAGCGGCAACAUCAUACUUUCAGUCGGAAAUACACCUACGCACAAGUCAUCUUAGCAUUAAACCACAAAAUGGUCAAAAAAUCAGAAAUCUAAAACCAGGAUUUUUCGCGAAAAUAUUAGUUAUUAAUGGAUGAUUUUUGGCACAAUGUCAGCACAGGUGAAGACGAGUUUGGUUUCAUUUAGUAACGCAAUGUCAAAAUGACCAUGUAUAUAGUUGUUUGCAAUUUUAUGUACAUGAAAGUACAAAUUAAAAACUCUAUGGGAUCUUAGUUGAUUUAAAGAGUCCUUAAAAAUGCCUCGUCAAGUGAAAUCGUGCUCUUGCAGCUUUGAAAGCAGUAUAAAAGUUGUCAAACUUGUCCUAUCGCGAAGUAAGCACACUCGCCAACUUGAAGAAGAAAUACUUUACAGCCGUCUGUUUAUAUGUGGGAGAAUUAUGUUGGAAAGUUGAUGGAGAAACUUCUUAAUAGCGAAUGGGUAAUGUAAAAUUUACCUUUAUUCAUUGUGUGGUGUUUUAUUAUAAAAUGUAGGUAGAUAUUGUAAGUGACUUUUUGGGCGAUCAAAACAUCAGAUCUCUGCGUGACCAUGAGGGCUGCAGUCUUCGAAACAAGAGAAAAUUAUAAUUUAAAAUCCGCGAUAAAAUCUUGACAAUAGUUUUAUUUCAAUGUCUAUCAUUCGAGUAAACAUAAGAAAUCAUUGAAGUAAUAUUAUUUACAAAAAUACGAUAUUAUCGGUGUUUUUGUUUAAAUAUAAAUAUUCGAUUAUUUAUGGACGUAAGUGAGUAUUUCGUCAUGUACCUCCAUGCUUGUGUUUCUUAAUUUUUGUCAUCAAUAAUUCGUUUCAUAUAAUUUCAGUCCAAAUUGAAGAUAUGUCUUUGGCUUUAUUAUUUCAAACAACUACAGACGCAACUCCCGGCCCUUGAAUUUUAAUAAAGAUUUUGGACGUGGAACAAAAUCUAUGGACUAGGCUGCAGGGCUGAGAGCCUUUGCCAUUUUUUAAAAACAAGGAGAAAAUAAAACAAAAUAAAUAAUCAUUCCACAUGUAAACAUUUUAGUAUAAGUUUAAAAAACAUACAAAGGUUAUACGCUUGUUGUAAAAACUAUUGGAUUGUAUAGAUGUAAUACGUGUUACUAUUAGAAUAACUAACUAUAUUUUUCUAUAAUGAAAACUUUCUACUACACUUUUAUAGCGAGUUGUUUUAAUUUUAUUUACGUCAAUGAUGUUGCUAGCUUGAAAAAAACUUCCAAUUGUGUUGCCAAUUUAAAAAUGGAAUAAAAUUCAAUAAAAUACUCUUUCAUUCAUUCCUGUGUUUGAUCGUUGACGUAAAUAAAAAGUUGAGAUAUCUUUUUGACUGAGUUCUUGGGAUGUAAAAUUGUUGAAUGUGUUCUUAUGUGAAUAAUUUUCAUAUUCUUCGUGUUCAUGUAUUAUGUAUGACUUCCAGCUGUGUACUAUCGAGAGAGACUUCUAAGGCUUAAAACGUGGCUGGGCUUGGUAUAAAGAACGCUUAAAUAUUUAAACAAACUAAUAUUUUACGCUUUACAAAAAUAUUCAUAUUUCCAUAUAUUCAAGUUUAUUGUUUACUAAUGAUUAGCGCAUUUAAUUUGUUUAUAAAUUGAAUUGAAUUACUGAACACAAUUUUUUGAACUGUAAAAGUAAAAUCCAUAAGAAUUGCAAUGGCAGAAAGGAUUUAAUUUGGGCAACAUUAUUUACCUUUUUCACUAUCUAUGAGGGAACUGACCAGUAGUAACACGCAUAUGUAUAAUUGAUUAGACAUCAAUGUUGCCAACCUUACGAUAUUACCAUAGAUAAUCCGUUUUCAAACCAUUCGAAAUUCAAUUUUUCGCGCCAUUACUUAAACCGCGCGUUCGUAUCAUGAACAAUGAAUCUACCCACUUAUCUCUCCCACAUUGUUAUUAGUAGACUGCUUCGAAACAUUGCCACAUAAAUUGGUUGAAACUAACGAGUAGGCGUGGGUAUCAAAGGUUAUCCAUUUAAAAAAUAUAUAUGAUAAACCUAUUUGUUCAUAUACAUUAAUGUUAUAAAUCAAAAAUAGAUUUACCUGAUGUAUAAUUUCUACAAAAGUGAAAUAAUUCUUAUUCUAAUAUAAUUAACAGAAUGAUUAUUGGAGCUCUAUGAGCAAUUAAAAAAACGCUGUUUUUAAGACAGCUAAAUAUUUCGCCGAAAUCAUAGCCAAUAACAAAAAAUCAAACUCAACACACCAUAACAUACUUGAAAAAAAUCCAUUUAUUAAAAUUCUUUUGUAACAUUCCUUACAAAACUGUAGACAAAGUUAUAUCAAUAAUGAACUGUUCAAUCGUGAGUAAAAGAAUUUCAUUCCCUUUAGUUUUCAUACAUUUUAAACACUUUGUGAAACUUUUACGACAUAACAACUUCCUAAUAGGGUUGGCGCAUCUGGGUAUUUUUGGACCGGAGUUCCUUCACUCUGGUUAUUUAUUAUUUAGGAACUUUAUGAGAAAAACACAAGUGUUUCUAUGUUGUUUAUGGUAAAAGUUAAGGCACCUUUCACUUGUCAUGCGAGCAAUAAAUUUUUAAAUUUAGAAUUUAUUAAUUUCAAAUUUUCGGAGAUUUUAAAAUAUGGUGGGAGGUCUCUCAUAUGUGAAAGUCCGCCUGGAUAGGUGCCACCGCAACGUUUAUUUCUGCCAUCAAGCAGCAGUGUAUAGUCGCUGUUGUGUACCGGUUUGAAGGACAUUGUAGCCAGUGCAACUACUGGACAUAAUAAGAAUUAACAUUGCAAGUCUCAGGAUGGCGAGUGCAGAGGAAUACCAAAUAUUACUUUGGGCGGUCGUAUCGCCGAUCAUCAGGCGAACAGCAAGCUCGUUUUGUCAUUCAAAGCAAUUAAAAAUAAAUGCUACACAAAGAAUUAAGGUGCCAUUUACCCUCCCUAUUGUAGAAUGAAUGAAUUAAAUUCUACUGCUUUUAGAAUACAUCAAUGUCCAAUAUCGUUUGUACACGUAUAUAUUUCCACGAACUGACAAAAUGCCGUGAACUCCCAAAAUACCGCUAUUUCCAAUCACACAGGUAGGGCUGGUUUAGAUUAGGUCGGACCGAAAGUUUUAUCGGUACGACAAAGGUGUCGGAUGCUAGUAGCACUUGUAUUUCAAUAGCGCUUGUGGUGGUACAAUUAGUGCAUACACUGCCAUCUCAUCAACAUCAAUGGAACUACGAGAAGAACUAUGUGGUAUUGACAUAAUUGUGAUGAACGCACUACAAUCACUCUAGAUGGCGAGAGACGAAACUGACUUGCGAUGGCAGAAUUUGCGCGACAUGCAACAUAUAUAUCACCUCCGUAUAGGAACCGUCGGAGGCGGUGCAACAUCUGCCUGACUGGAAAUCUUCCCUUCCAUAGAGGAACGCAACCAUAUGUUCCUCUACAGUGGCGUCAACCUUUACGCCGCUGAACGUUGUUCACAUUACAGCGACCCGAUAAAACGUAGGCGACGAUACAUUUAUCGGACUUCAGCCACGGGUUCAAUCAGUCCGACCUAAUAUUGGCAUAUUGCUUUGACCUAAUGUGAACCAGCCCGUAGUGUAUUGAAUACUGCCGGUGAAAUUUACGCGCGUUAAAUUCUCAUCCAAUAGCAAUGCACUACCCGGGUAAUACCUGCAAAUCUGUUGAAUACCCGUUUCAUUUGAAUGCCGUUCUCGUUCGUAUUUCGAAUGUAACAGAUUUUUGGAGGCUUUUCAAUUAAAUGGGUGAAAAAUUGAUUGAAAGAAAAAAAGAAUAUGUUUAAACAAAAAGAGGUUUUAUUCAAAUGUAUUUUAAAGUUUAUUGAUACAAUAUUCCAUUUUUAAUUAUACACUUAGUUUUUUUUCUCCACGCAAAUAUGACUUCCCUCUCGUCAUCCAUCAUAUUACCUUACAAUAUUCUUAAUUGAGUGUAAACAAGGGUAAAAUUAAACGCUUCGUAAUGCCACGUCAGUCAUUGUUAUAUCACUUUCCAUUAUGCUUAUUAUGUUGGCUCAAGGUUCGUUUUAGCGUAAACAACUACAUUACAUAGUAAAUUUUAAUGACAUAACUUUCACAUCGCACCAGUAUCAUACAUAUACAUCACGCCUUUAAACCCAAAAGGGUAGGCAGAGGUCCUACCAAGGCUACUUUUCGCCAUGUGUGUUCCAUUUGUAGGUGGGAAAUACUGAGUGAUUUUUUUGUCAUAUACUUUUCUUAGAAUGGUGUCACUAAAAGUCAAAGAAAAAGAAAAUAUUCCUUUGAAAUGAAUCAAAUUAAUUUUAUUAUAAAAAGAAUAUGCCGUCUCUAUGUUGGAGUGGUAUAAGGUCGAUCGUUGUAAUUGUCUCAUAAAAAUUUGUUUAUAAAUAAAAACCUAACCUAACCUAACCUAACCAAUUUCAUAAAGCAGUGGUAUUUCAAAGGUAAUUAUGGCUAUUGCUCUGUUACCAAAAAUAAUUAAAAAUAAAUAUAUAUUGUAUAUAUUUGUCAUUCGACAUGUUUGUACUAAGCUCAGCCCACGUUAUUCUAAAAUUGUAGUUGCCUGUUUACUGCGUAGCUCUCUAUUCGUUUAAGUUUUAUUCGAUGUUUUUCCUGUUUAAUAUUUAUGUGAUUUAAAAUUAUAGUUGGAAA